AGCCUACCUUCCACUACCCCCAACCUGCACCACAAAAGUCACUUUUCUCUAAUUUCUCAGGAUAAUGAUAAACUUGAGAUAUUUUUAUCUCCCCUCACCGCCUGCUCAUGAAUUAUAAUCAACAGGUAAGACUGAAUAUUUAUACUUCAAUUCCAUCUGUUUCAUUAUCUCAAUUCCUGAUAAAAUUUAUCCCAGUAGAGAGGGGGAGGACCAUUUAGUUGGAAUCAUGCAGCAAAAGGGUCCCGGAUUCCAAUAACAGCCACUCAGACAGACAAUUUACAACCUUUCUUUUUUUGCUUUGCUCUUAUCUUAGAGACAACUAUGAGAUGCUCUUUGUAUCUGUCUCUUUCUAGCCGUGAAGAAAAUCGCUUUGAAGCUUUGAGUUGAGCCCUGAAACAUAAACAACCACCAAAAAUAUCUUUCUUACUUCAAACACCAAAACCCCAUCAAAACUUUCAGGGUUUUUUGCCCGCUAGUGGUUAAAAAAAUCUCGGUGAAUAUGCCUCGUCGCCUUCUUGAGACAGAGCUCAGUGUGCCGCCGGUUAGUCAUGGAAUCAACAAAACUAACGAUGGGUACAUUAACGAGACGAAUUUCGACACCAACAUGGUCAUAAUCUUGGCGGCUUUGUUGUGUGCUUUAAUUGGAGCACUUGGUUUGAACUCAAUAGUUCGUUGCGCUUUGCGUUGUAGUCAUAGGUUUGUCAUGGAGACACCAGAGCAAGCCGCCACACGUCUCGCCACAACAGGCCUCAAGAAGCGAGAUUUACGGCAAAUCCCGAUUGCUGUUUACGGUGAAGGUGUCAAUAUUCCGGCCAGCGAGUGUCCAAUUUGCCUUGGUGAAUUUGUAGAUGGUGAAAAAGUUCGGGUUCUGCCAAAAUGUAACCAUGGGUUCCACGUGAGGUGCAUAGACACAUGGCUUCUUUCACACUCAUCGUGUCCAAACUGUAGACAUUCGUUGCUUGAAAGCGCCACAACUACAAGCUCAGCUCCGCCACCUGAAUCUCGAUUGGCAGCUGCUCAGCAACAGCAAGUGCAAGAGAACAGGGUGGUUGUAGCUGUUAACGAAGCAGCAGGUUAAUAAUUAAUUAAAACUUUAAUUACGGUUUUAAUUAGUACUUAAACAGUGGUUUUCAGUAGGCCAAAAUGGCGGUUGUUGGAUGGAUUUGAUUUUACUACUGGAAUUGUUUAAUACAUGAGAUAUUUAGUUAAUGAAAGAGAAAGACAUGAAAUUACCAGCACUAUGUUUAUGGUUGUCCGUUUCCAAAUUCCGAUCCGAUUUUGCAUGUGGAAUUGUACUAAACCAUGUGCAAGUUGCAACAUCAAUUAUUAGGUGUAUUUUUUUGGCCCAUUUUGGCAAUUAUUGAGGCAGUAGAUUGGAUCAAUUUUUUUUUUUUUUUUUUUUUUUUUUGGCAUUGGUUGCUGACCUUCAUGUGAGGCCAAAUUUGGUUAUGCCAUCCAUAACUUUGCUGAUCUCAGUUUGUCGAGAAAAAUAUUUAUAUGGAAUGUGUUAAUUCUUCGAUCAA